AUGUCAUUCAUGAACAGCGGCUCCCAGAAUGCGGCGGCUUUACCAGUAUCUCUUUUACAUGCAUCAGAGGGUCAUUUCAAUGGGGUCGCAUCGGCAAAUGUCGAUCCUGCAGACGCUCCACAUUCGUCCAUAAGUCCCUCGUCUUCGGGCAUGAUGCGGUCCCUUUUCCACUUUACUGCCGACGAUGCUGUGAUUCUUGCGAUGGAGCAUAACAAUCAUAACAAACUACUUGCUGUAUCAACGUCUAAUAAUGAAGUGUUUGUGACCUCAACACGUGAAAUGCCUUUAGAAGGAAUUCAGGCGGAAAACGGGGAACAGUCUCAGUGGGACCCUGCAGAACACACAGUGCGUAUUGAUCAUCUACGAUUCCCCUGUACACAACUUGCAUGGGCCCCUUGGCAGUAUGGAAUAUACUUGGCUUGUGUCUGCCGUGGUAAGCAGGUUCGACUCUAUCGGUUUUCACAUGGCCACUGGUCAUUAGACGAGGAGAUAGCUGCCCAAGAUUGCAAUUCAGUGGCUUUUUCCGUCCAUUUUACCAUGGCAUUUGUGACUUCAAAGGGUAAAAUAUUGAUUUUUGUCCAAACAACAGCCAAUGAAGACAACACAUGGUCGCUCCACAGUACGUACUCGGAGGGAGAGAGCUAUAAUAUGGCGAGACAGUUAAAUAGCCGUGUUCGCAACGUAAAGGGGUUUACUUGUGUUUCCUGGGAUGAAACAGGAACUUGGUUGGCCGUGGGUGACGAUGAAGGGGAAUUUCUCAUUUUUCUUGUCUCUAAUGAGGGUCGGAGCAUUGUAGAAAUUGCUUACAGAUCAGAGCCUCGCUCAGAUCGUAGGAAGGGUGUUCGACAGGUUGCGUGGUCGCCCGGGGCGGGCCGUAGUUUUCUUAUUCUCGCUGUGGUGGCUUCCUACAAAGUCACACUUUUAUUUUUCCAACGUACUCGAGUAGGUGUGAACGCUGGCGGGAACGGCACACAAAUACAGGCAGGGCUGCAACUGCAGCUUAUUACAAAGACAAGUGUUAGUAUGGAAGAGGUAACGGAGCUUUCAUGGAAUACACAUGGUGGUGGGUUUUCUACAGCCCACACGGAUGGUGCUAUUUGUGUGUGGACUGUAAAUAUUUCUUACCAAGAACGACAAAGAACAUCUCUUGCUGAUGUGGAAAAUGUCAUGGGAAUGAGUAGUAAUGGAGGUGGUGGAACACAGCACGUUGGUGCGGGGCAACCAUAUGAUGAUUUAACACUGGUGGCGUCAGUACGCAAGGUUUCUGGGGUGCAUCCCUACCAUGGAAGCAAAUAA